UAUGGGCAACAGACCACGUGAUGCGGAAGCAGACUGCAGCUUCUUUUGUUCACAUCAAUCAAAGAGGACACGGACGGAGAGCUGCUGAAUCAGGAAAUCGCUGGUAGUGAGUGACAAUGCCACGCAAGAAGGUGACGGAUGUUUCCGGAAAUGGGGGGAUGAAGAAAAAGAGGACGAGUGGCAAAAGAAAAGAGAGAGAGUUCAGCAGCGAUGACGAGUUUGACUACGACGAGCAGGAGAACAACAAGAAGCCGGGCAAACCCUCCACAAAGCCUACUCUACAGCCUGUUACUGUGCUUGAUGAAGUGAAAGAGAAAAUAAAACUUGAAUGCCCAAAGGUUAAAGGUCAACUGGUCAUAUUUGGAGCAACAAACUGGGAUUUGAUUGGAAGGAAAGAAGUCCCUAAACAACAAGCGGCUUUCCGUAACCUGGGCCAGAAUUUGUGGGGUCCGCACCGCUACGGCUGUCUCAACGACGUUCUGGUCAGCAGUGUGAUAUCUGGCCCCUGCGCGGCGCACAGUCUUCUUAUAACUACUGAGGGCAAGCUGUGGAGCUGGGGUCGGAAUGACAAAGGCCAGCUGGGCCACGGAGACACCAAACGUCUGGAUGCUCCCAAGUUCAUCGAGGGCCUGGCUGAGCUUGUGAUCGUCGCCGCAGCCUGCGGCCGUAAUCACACCAUGGCACUCACAGAGGAUGGCACCGUAUACUCCUUCGGGGAAAACAAGCUGGGUCAGCUCGGGCAAGGCAGCCAGACUGAUGCCGUCCUCAGCCCAGCGCCUAUUUCAUACAAUGGCCAACCCUUGGUUAAACUGUCAUGCGGGGCAGAGUUCAGCAUGGUGUUGGACUGCAAAGGCAACCUCUAUUCUUUCGGCUGCCCUGAGUACGGACAGCUUGGACACAACAGUGAUGGUAAGUUCAUAGCUCGUGCCCAGCGCAUAGAGUUCGACUGCGAGCUAAUCCCUCGACGCGUCGCCAUCUUCAUCGAGAAGUCCAAAGACGGUCAGAUCAUGCCUGUGCCCAACGUGGUGGUUCGUGACGUGGUGUGCGGAGCCAAUCACACGCUGGUGUUGGACUCCCAGAAGAGAGUAUUCAGCUGGGGUUUUGGAGGUUACGGGCGUCUGGGACACACCGAGCAGAAAGAUGAGAUGGUUCCCCGCCUGGUCAAACUCUUUGACUUCCCCGGUCGAGGAGCCAGUCAGAUCUACACAGGCUACCAAUGCUCCUUUGCUGUCAGCGAGAUGGGUAAUCUCUUCUUCUGGGGGGUGACCAACAGUAAUAGAGAUUCAACAAUGUACCCCAAAGCUGUACAGGAUCUUUGCGGCUGGAAAAUCCGCAGUCUGGCGUGCGGGAAGAGCAGCAUCAUCAUUGCUGCGGAUGAGAGUACUAUCAGCUGGGGGCCCUCACCCACAUUUGGAGAGCUGGGAUACGGAGACAAUAAACCUAAAUCCUCCACCACCCCCCAGGAAGUCAAGACCCUGGAUGGUAUUUAUAUUGAACAGGUGGUGAUGGGUUACUGUCACUCCAUGAUUAUUGCCAGACAGGACACUCAAGCCGAGCAGGAGAAACUGCAAAAGUUGCCGGAGUACAAUCCUAGAACAAUUUGAUCAGAGCAACAUGUCAACCUCUCUUACGAAGAGGCCACAGCAGACCAGAACAACACUUAUCAGGGAGCUGGGAUGUCUCGGUGGGGAUGGGUGAGUUCCCUUUUUUUUGGAGAGCUCAUCUACCAGUGGCUCUCUUUUUCCAUCAAUUUGGACACUAUGAUCCUCAAAAAAAAGGACUGGAGCUAAAAAAAAAAAAAAAUCCUCAGGAUGUUCCAGCAGUUCACAAUGAACAUUGGAGACCUUCUCACUUGGCCUGUCAAGUGAUCUUAGUUUACGUCAAGCACUUCCACAGGCGUGCUUCCAAAAAAAAAAGCCCUUUUUCUUUCAUUAUGGUCAAAUUUCACGCACUUGUUUCAUUGUUGUGUGUCGCAGUAUUUGAGAACUAGUCAAAAUUACGGGUGCUUUAGUACAACCCUUUUGUCUCUGAAGGGACCAAUGCACCAUACGUGUGCCUGUUUUUUCUAUGGCUCGCUUAUGGAAGUCGUCUCGUAGAUGGAACGAUAUUGUUUUAUCUGUGGCAGCUGCCACAUGAUACAGUUGCAAUUUGGAACAUGGUGUUCUGAUCUUUAUUACAUUCCUUUUAUGUUCUUCACAAUAGAUCAAUAUUUGACUAUUGUCUGGAAUUAUUUCAUUCAAAUGACAUAUUUGUUGGGGGGGGCCAAUGCUGCACUGCUAAUGUAUUUGAGCUGGGGAAGGUUUUUUUUUUUUUCCAUAAGUGUUUUUCCUCCCACCGUUUACUUUAUGGUGUGCAUUGCUCUGGUUACAUUUUCAUUCCAAUAAAGAUAUGUAAACUGA